AUGAAGUUCACCAGCACGCUCCUCGUUCUCGGCAUCGCCGCUCUCACCAACGCACGCGCCAUCUACGUCCGCCAGAACAAUGCGCAGACCUUUACGGGCGCUCUUGGAGGUGUCGCAGCCACACCUGUACUCGACUCCGGCAUCGCGAACCGCCCCUUUAGUGUCAAGGGCGACACUUUCGUCAACCUUAAAGGUGCUCUGCAGCGAUCUUGCGACCAGCAGUUCAAUGGAUGCGCGAACUUGGCCAACGGUGGAAAUGGAAACUUCUCCACUCAGGAGUGCCAGGCGCAGAAAGACCAAUGCACAGCUGCGAACGCUUAG